AUGAACCAUUUCGAAGAGGAAAACGUCUGGAACGACGACGCCGCGCCGGGCGCGGGCCAGGGCGUGAGCGUGCUGUUUAACCCGGACGACAACCCGUACGCGAGCGAGUUUGGCGGCGCCGACAUGGACGAGGUCGACUUCCGCACAGAGUCGAACAUCUACAGCGAGCUCACCGACACGAUGCGGUCGGUUUAUAUCGGGAACGAGCAGCCGGGAGAGACCGCGGAGCGGGCCGACGAUGGCGACGAGCCAGAGCCGGCGCAGGAGCGUGCCGAGGACGCAAUUGACGAGACGCAGCAGGCGCAGCAGAUCGAGCAGGCCAAGCAGAAGAACAAGCAGCUGCUGUCGUCAUUGGUGGCCGGCGAGGAGGAGAACAGCUCGUGGGCGCAGUCGAUUCUGUCUGACACGCCGAACGCCGACGAGCGGCUGUUCACGGCCGGCAACGGGGGCCCGUUGGACGCCGUUCUCGACUUCAGUGCUCCCAAGUCGCCGCCGAAGAUCAGCGACGACCAGCCGAGGCCCGAGCCCGUGACCUCGCCCAACAAGAAAACCAGAGUGUUCCGGCCGCGCAGGGCGCGUCGAAAGAGCGCAGACACCGCCAAUGCGGCCGAUCCGCUGUCCACCAGGACGGAAGAGUCCCAGGCAGAGUCUGUGGAGUCGAGGAAGAAGAAUCUGAUUGCGGCGGCGGACAAGCCGCUCUUCGAUAUCAAGAAGGACGCGAGCCCCGUGAACCCGUCGCUCAAGACGCCUGCGACGCCGGAACCAGCAGAACAUUUCGAGAUCAUCGUUGGCGACCCGGUCAAGGUUGGCGAGCUCACCAACGCGCACAUCGUGUACUCGAUCACGACGAAAACCAAGUCGAGUCUUCUCAAGAGCGAGACGACGACGGUGACCCGGCGGUACAGGGAUUUUCUGUGGCUGUACAACCAGCUGAUGAACAACCAUCCGGGCUACAUUAUUCCUCCUCCGCCGGAAAAACAGGCGUACGGCCGUUUUGACGAGAAGUUCAUCGAGAACAGACGGCUUGCGCUGGAGAAAAUGCUCAACAAGAUCGCCCGUGUGCCUGUUUUCCAGAAAGACUACGACUUCAUAGUGUUUCUGCAGAGCGAGCGGUUUGCGGCCGAGUCGAAAGAGCGGGAGUUCAUAUACUACCACGGCGGCAGCGGCGGCGACGAGCAGUCGAUCGGCGGGGGCGACGACGGCGCAAACGACUAUUCGGCCUCGUCGAUCAUCAACACGGCCACGGGCGGCUCGAACGGCGGGUUUUUGAGCUCGCUGAUCAGCAUCAGCACGCCGAAAUACGUGGAGAACGACCAGUUCAUCAUCGAGAAGCAGAACUACGUCGAGAGCCUGGACCAGCAGCUGCGGUCGCUGUCGAGAACGCUGGACCUGAUUGUCGAGAAGCGCGAGGACGUGAUCACGUCGAUGGACGAGCUGGUCCUGAUAAUCCAGGAGCUGGCCGAUCUGGAGAUCAACGCAGAGCUGAGCGAGCUGUUUGCCAACUACGAGGAGCUGCAGUCGAAGGUGAAGGAGCUGCUGGAGCGGACAAACCUGCAGCAGAUCCUGACGCUCGGAACGACGAUCGACGAGUACAUCCGGACGAUCGGGUCGAUCCGCAACUGUUUCGAGAUGCGGUUCAAGCUGUGCACCAGCAUUGUGAAUCUGCAGAGCCAGCACUCGAAAAAGCAAAAGAACCUGAUCAAGUUCAAGUCCCGGAACCACAACCAGCUCGACAAGAUCAGGAAGUACGAGGACGAGCUGACCAACAUGGAGAACACGAUCGCGCGGCAGGAAGAGUUCAAGACAGAGUUCAACAGGAAUUUCAAGCGCGAGCUCGACAAGUUCGAGUUCGAGAAGGUCGACGAGUUCCGCAGCACCAUCGAGAUCUACUGGGAGGGCUUGAUCGAGAGUCAGAAAGAGCUGAUCGAGCUGUGGGAGUCGUUCUACGAUAAGUGCAACUUCCAGGAUGAAUAA